AACAGGGGCGGUGGUUUACUAACGGACCAGGACAGGAAGCGCAAGGGAUUAUGGGACUUUUAGUUCUCAGUGGAUGACGGUUGGCUUGAUAAGACCGCGAAGAACAAAACAAGACAUUUACCACGGAAAAUAAAAUAUCAGCCUCGAAUUCAGCAUAAAUACAAGCUACGCAUGCUUUGAGUCCGGAAAAAUUCAGGUGGAUUCAGUCGUCGUACGACGAAAAGCGGCUUACUUUCGGUGAAAACUAAACAGGAAGUUGUUAGCGUUGUGGGACGUGUAGUUCCGCUUGUAGGCCACUGGGCUUGAUAACAACGCAUAGAAUAAAGAAACAACAAUAAAUUAACCUAAACUUCAUACAAGGACCGUGCUUUUAGUCUUGGUGCUGAAGUAAACAUGCCCGGGUUCACCUGCUGUGUCCCUGGCUGCUACAACAACUCGCACCGGGACCGGGACCUUCGCUUCUACACAUUUCCUAAAGACACCACGCUGAGGGAGCUGUGGCUGAGGAACAUCUCCCGGGCCGGGGUCAGCGGCUGCUUCAGCACCUUUCAGCCCACAACAGGACACCGAGUCUGCAGCGUGCAUUUCGCCGGCGGGAGGAAGACAUACAGUAUCCGAGUACCGUCCCUCUUUCCUCUGCGGGGGGUCAAUGAGCGCAGGAGUCGGCGCGGCAGAGGGAGGAAAGUGUCCACGGCGGUUCCUGCCCCUGCUGCCGCUGCAACCUCCGGGAUUGUCGUCACCAGUGUAGUGGGUAGUACGGCAGAAGGAGCCGAGGGCAAUGCAGGCGGCGAAGCGAGCGAUGACAGUAUCACCGUGGUUCAGAUAGGCCAAAACGGGGAGUACCUGGGCACAGCGAGGCUGCCUGCCCAGUCAGAGGGGACUUGUUACACCACCGCCGAUGUAUCCGUCGAGCUAAUUGCCGACGACCCAUCGGUCGAGACCGCGUCCACUGUGCACCAGCCGCCCGUGCAGUACGUCAGUGUGACCAGCAGCCCGCUGGACCACUCGUACUCGCUGACCACCGGCACCACGUCUGCGGAGCUGCUGCGGAAACUAAACGAGCAGCGGGACAUCAUCGCACUGAUGGAGGUGAAGAUGAAGGAGAUGAAGGCGACCAUCCGUCAGCUCAGGGUGACCGAGGCCAAGCUACAAGAGGAGGUGCGGGAGCGGGACCGGCUGCUGUACGGAAACUCUGUAGCUUUUAGCGUCCGGAAGAAAAUCUGAUGGGCGAACAUAGCCCGAGACGACCCGUUACAGAGACUCCAGCUAACCGAGAUUCGAGGGGUUUUAAUAUGGCAGAUCCAGACCUAUUUUGUAACUACGGAACGAUGACAAUUUAUUUUCAACAAGUAGAGUUGCUUUUUCGUAGGCCAGAGGUAAAAAGUUGGCUGGCUAGUUUAUGUAGCAUAUAUCAAUAACACCAUGGCUGAUUACUUAGAAAGAUGCAGUCCUCUAAUGGCCUGAAGCCCAAACAAGGUCAAUGAUACAUUUUAUUCAUUCAACUGGGACUCAUAGUUUGCACAGACAGACAUUUAGCCAUCCUUACACGUUUAUAACCGGAUUGGUGAUUAGGAAGAUGCUCGAAACUGCCUAGUUGCAUAGAUGUUUUUUCUUUUACGAUUUUGUAUUCCCUUAUUAAUUUAAAUUAGGUCGAUGCAAGAAACAUCUCACAAUAGAUUUACGGAGGCAAAGGAUGCCAAGAUGAUGCAUCUCUAGGAUUCUUUUUGUAAACAAAACACUAUCCUUGCCACACAUGUGUUGGUAGUCAAUGAAAUAAAACUCUACCAGUUACCUUUAAAGGCACCCGUAAGUUAAUUUUUUUUUUGUUGACAUUUGUGUAACAGAAAAGACUUAAAGGAAUUCCUUAAAACUUGAAGGAGCACUCAAAAGAUGUAAUCUUAUUGAUAUUUCUUGAACACAUGCAUUAAGUUACAUUUGCUCAGACUUUUUUAUGAUCUUAAACUGAAAAGGUUCUCAAGAUACCUUAUGCAACUUUAACAUGUAUGCCUGCCCCUGAGGUUGAUUAAUGUGUGGGAUGUUCCCCCACACAGAAGUUUAGCGGCUGCAUUUCUCUGUCCUGUUCAUGAGUGUUUUAUGCACAGGAUGUGACAUACAUUUCAGAUUUUUGAACUUGGACUGACAGCAAUGCUCUGCUCUCAUUUUGAAGUAAAUGUCAUUUUGAAAUAGUGCUGAUUCAGGCUGAAUAAUUUGUCAAUUCAUGAAUUGUUUCCAGUGCGAUUGUGUCCAGUCUCACAGUAGUAAGUAGUGGAUCACAAGAUCCUGGUGGAUUUUUAUUACUUUUACCUUCAAGUUGAGAAUGUUUUAGCUCUCCCUCUGGGUCACCCCCAAAGUCACCACUCAGUGGCUCUUUGUUUUUUAAGAAAGAAUUGAAAAUGUUGAAUUUCCAGUUACUUGCUUUAGAACUAUUUUUUAUUAGCUGUGUUGUGGAAAAGUAUAAAAAUGUACAAUUAUUAAGACUUGUGAUGGAAACGAACCAUGAACUCAAAUCUCAAGGUUGUGCCCUGUUUCCUACGCUUGUUAGGUGACCACGGUAAAGUCUCGCUCAAUACUUACUCUGUAGGCGCCCUGACGAAGAUAUUGCCUUAUUAAGAUGAAUGUGAUAAAUGUGUGAAGUGUGCAAACCAUCUACUUAGCUGUUUCUUCUUUCUGAUCUUGAGAAUAUUAUUUGUUCUUGGAUUAACUUGUUGAGAAACAACACAAGGCACUGAUACCAGUUAAGGUUUUAGUGAUUGUAAGUUAGGGUUAACUUACAAUAGAAGAUUAAAUGAUUAAUUGGUUAAGAAAUAAAACGUCCAAAAAUAAUGAAACAUGGCCAAUACAAGGUACCAGAGGAUAGAUUGAUGUCCUCAGAUUGCUUCCUUUGGUUAACAGUUGAAAAGCAAAACGGAAGUUUUUUGAACAGCAAAUUGUUACAUUUGAAAAGUGAGCAAUUUUUACUUCAUCAAUCACAUACAGCAGUCAAUUGUUUGUCAAACAAUUUAUGGAUUUGAUCAUCCUGACUUAUAAUUUGGGAACUAUCAUUUCAGUUAGUGUACCACUACAGUGUAUGGGUUAAAUGAUUGUUUUUGUUUUGUUUACUUGGAGUGUUCAUAGGUUGAUAGCAGAUUUGACUAAUAGUAGAAACAAAUGUGUCGGAUCUUGCAGCAUGAUUUUCUCCCUCUAGAUGGCAGUGGCAUAAAAGCUUGAAGAGCAGGAGGUUUAGCUCCUGUCUAUGUGGCUUAAUAUGCGUUAUCUGUCUGCGCGUGCGUGCGUGCGUGUGUAUGUGUGUGUGUGUGUGUGUAAGCAGCUUGGUUGGUCAUUUGCUUAAUUGGUGAUCAUAUUAAAGCAGUGAAAUGUU